AUGUUGACUCAAACCACCAGCCUAUUCUCCCUCCUCUUUCUUACGCUAUCUGUCCUUUCGCCCACUAAGGCCGAAUUCCUCGCCGCUCACGCCCAAAUCACUGCAGCACCUAUCUACCACGUCCUCCACCCCCGCCAAGACGUCUCUCACAUCUGUGACUCAGGCUAUACUUCCUGCGUAGGCUGGGAAGGCUGUUGUCCCUCUGGAGCGGCAUGUACCGUCAUUGACGGGCAGCGCGGCUGCGAUGUGGCCUGCUACGGCGACGUGGUAUGCGGCCAUCUAUGCUGUAACAAUGGGUAUGCGUGUUCGGCAAAUAGUUUUUGCGUUAGUUCAGAGUAUAUGGUGACCUACGCGAAUGUUUCGGAGGUGGUCACUACUUCUACUUCGUCAGAGUCUCGAAUUGAGACAACGGGUACCUCGUCGUUGGAGUCUUCGUCUUCGUCAAUCUCGUCUAUGGAGCAAAUCUCGGCUUCAUCCACAGCGUCAGCUUCUAGUAGCGUGGUGUUCAGUAAGCCGGUGUCUACUUCGUCGAGUACUGGCGCUAUGGGCUCGAGCUUUUCUGUUGUGGGUGACGAUGGAACUGCUUCUGGUAGUAGCUUUGGGGUUCCUUCGUCUUCUGGUGUUGCUAGUCCUACUUCCUCUGUAUUAUCGUCGGCACAGUCUACUCAGACUACAUUGUUUUCUGAGGCGUCUGCUGUGGAUAGGAACUCAGGAGUCGCCUGCAUGGUUGCGCUGGUCUUGGGAAUUGCUCUUUAA